UGGAUUUUUUUUUAUUAUUGUUCAUUAAAUACUGAUAAAAAAAAUUAGUUUUUGGAUAAAUAAAUGUGAAAAAACAUCAGUCAUACUGAUUAUGUACUGUAACUUCAAAAAGUGAACACAUUUCCUGCGAAGUGAUGAAUAUUUUUAUUGUGUGAAUACCAAGUAAUUGUGGAUUAUGGUUUUUUCAAAUAUUAUGUGGAUAAAGAUUGUUGUUUGUGCUUGCAGUUUAACAGUUAUACUUUGUCGGAAUUUUAACGCUCAAUCACAUUCCAAUACUCGCCAAAGUCCCUCAUUUUUGCACGAACCACUGAGCCGGCAUGAGUUUUUGAAUAGCACCGGAGCAAUCAUUCCAUGCACAGCUUUUGGUAGUCCGAGUCCUGUGGUCAGAUGGCUGAACAAUGAUGGUACAGCAGCUGUCGAUAUUCCAGGCCUCCGACACGUCCGUCUUGAUGGAUCACUAGUCUUCCAACCAUUUCGAGCCGACCAGUACAGACAGGACGUCCACGCCGCCACUUACAGGUGUACUGCCACAAACAGCUUUGGAACACUCGCCAGCAGGGAUGUCCAUAUAGGAGCCGUUAUGCCUCAACGGUAUGCUGUGGAAAUGCAUGACGAAUUUGUCUUGAAAGGUAAUACUGCAGUCUUGAAGUGCCACGUCCCCGGAUUUGUGAAGGAUUACGUCAUUGUAGAAGCGUGGAUCAAAGAUUCUAUGGAAAAAGUUGAUCCUUCGUCGAAAUCUAGUCGUUACACCAUAUUUAAAUCUGGGGAAUUACAUAUUCGGCAUGUGCAACAAACUGAUUCUCUUAGCAGCUAUAGUUGCAGAACGAAGCAUAGACUCACAGGGUUGACGGUAGUUAGUUCGAAUCCUGCCAGAAUUAUUGUUACAGAGCCCUAUGGACAAGUGCCGCCAAGAAUUACCCAUACAUCUUCUCGGAUUCUGAUUCAAACGGGAGAAACAGCUUUAUUGCCCUGUGCGGGACAGGCCUUUCCGCUGCCUAAUUACAGGUGGUACAGAAAAGAAGCUUCCACGACUCCGGUACGCCUGGGACACCGAAGAGAAAUGGUUGGUGGCACUCUGAUCUUGCGAAACGCUGAGAUAAGGGACAGCGGAAGGUACAUCUGCGUCUUGACGAGCUCUGGUAAUGAAGAUAAAGCGGAAACGGAAUUAACAGUGACAGCGAAACUGUCAGUGUCUGUUUAUCCUCACGAAAGGAUAGCAGAUAUCGGGGAAGUCGUGACAUUCAACUGCAGCGUAAGAGGCUAUCCAGUGUCCAAUGUCAGAUGGUCGAAAAACGCCAAAUUCAUUACGGACAGUAACAGGAUGCGGGUGAUUGCCAGGAACCAGCUGAUGGUGACGUCAGUGCGGAGAGAGGAUCAUGGUUUGUAUCAGUGCUUCGUCAACAACGACAAAGAUUCCGCUCAAGGGGCAGCACAACUUCUAAUUGGAGACAAUCCUCCAGAGUUUUUACACACAUUCGAAAACAUGACAGUGAAUCCUGGGUCUUCGGUGUCUUUGAAAUGUUCGGCUUCAGGCAAUCCUCUACCCCAAAUCACGUGGUCUUUGGAUGGAGCGCAGGUACCUGAAGAUCAGAGUUUUAGAUCCGGUGAUUACGUUACUCUAGAAAACACUGUUAUCAGUUAUGUAAAUAUUUCAAGAGCGGGAGUUGAGCAUUCUGGUGAGUUCACGUGCGCAGCUAAAAAUGAUGCGGGGGAGGUAGAGCACAGCAGCUGGGUCAGGGUGCCCGGACCACCAUUCGUGAGAACCAUGAAGAAUCAGACUAUCGUAGCUGGAGAGAUGAUGAAGAUCAGGUGUCCAGCGGGAGGAUAUCCGAUACAUAGAAUUUCUUGGGAAAGAGAUGGUGUUCGUCUACCUGAUAACCAUAGGCAGACUGUUUAUCCAAACGGGACACUUCUUGUUCGACAGGUUGAAAGAAUGGUCGACGAAGGUCGGUACACGUGCACCCUCAGAAACAAAGAAGGAGAAAGCGCAAAGGGAAGCGUUUAUAUUACUGUCAGAGUUCGUCCAGUUAUAGAGCCCUUCAAUCUCCCAUCGUCCGUACAAAUGGGUCAGAGACUGAGUAUCAGUUGCACAGUCAUCAAGGGUGAUCCGCCCAUCACCUUGAAAUGGCUGAGGGACGAGGAUAUUCUCGAAAAGGAUGGUGACAUUAGAAUCCAUAACUUGGCGGAUUACUCAUCGACACUUCUGUUCGAAUCGAUCAAGCCAGAACACAGAGGGAACUACACCUGCGUUGCCAGCAACGAGGCGGGAUCUGAACGCCACAGCGCAGCAAUGGUAAUUCAUGUUCCUCCCCGUUGGAAAACGGAACCUAAUGAUGUUGACGUAAUUAAGGGACGGAGCAUUAUGAUCGAUUGCGAAGCUGAUGGUUUUCCCCCACCCCGACUCACCUGGAGAAAAGCAGCAGGGAGUGUUCCCGAAAGCUAUAAGCCAAUCAGCAGUAGUUCUCAUCUGCACGUGUUUGAAAAUGGUACACUUACGAUAUUGGAUGUUGGGGAACAUGAUGCUGGUUACUACCUGUGUCAGGCAUCAAAUGGAAUCGGAUCAGGUCUAAGCAAGGUUAUCAGCCUUACCGUUCAUGUUGCUGCUCACUUCACCAAUAAAUUUCAUGCUGAAAUCGUAAAAAAAGGACAAGAGGCCAAAUUGUCUUGUCAAGCUUACGGAGAAAGACCACUUAACAUUGCGUGGACGAAAGAUAAACAAACUUUAAACACAAAGUCAAUUACCAGGUAUCGUCUAACAGAAACAGUCUUUUCGAAUGGAAGCUUGUCGGAAUUGUUGAUAGAUUUAGUAGACCGAGGGGAUUCUGCUCUGUUUACAUGUUUGGCUACGAAUUCUUAUGGAAAAGAUGAAACAAAUAUACAACUAAUAAUUCAAGAAAAACCGGAUAUUCCUCAAGAGCUGAAAAUAACAAGAACUGCAAGCAGGUCUGUGGAUAUUUCGUGGUCUCCCCCUUACAGCGGAAACAGUCGAUUACUCAAAUACAUAUUAACCUACGAAGAAGCAACAGAAGAAAAGGAAGGAUCCCUCAAGUCAGGAAAUCUAUUAGGAGGUAAUCCCAAACGAGUGACAAUACCACCAUCAGAAAUAACUUGGACAAUUAAUGGUCUGACGCCCGACACUCGUUAUUUUAUACUAAUAUCAGCAGUCAAUGCAUUGGGAGAAAGUGAAAGUAGUAACCCUGUUACCGCAGUAACUGAGGAAGAAGCACCCGGUGGACCUCCGCUGGCUGUAAAAACGCUUCCUUUGUCCUCAACAGCUGUAAAAGUAUUAUGGGAGCCACCAGAUCCUGCGUCACAAUACGGCCAAAUCAAAGGAUAUUACGUCGGCUACAAAACUAAAACUUCGAAAGAUAAAUACGUUUACAAGACCCUUGAGGUUAAGGACAAUUUUCGAGAAGAGAGAAUUCUGAACAAUUUGCAGAGAAACACAAAGUAUUUGGUACGCGUCCAGGCAUUUAACAAUAAAGGAGCUGGACCUCCAUCUGAUGAUGCAGAAGUUGAAACUUUGAAAGAAGAUCCUCCAAAACCGCCCACCUUAGAAAUCUUAGGAGUGACAUCAACAUCAGUGACGCUGAAAUGGAAAAGGGAUGGAACAGACUCUUUGCCAACUAAAGGUUUCAUAGUGCAUUACAAAAAAGAAUAUGGAACAUGGAGGGCCGAAGAAGUAUUUGGAGAUUUGAACACAUACACACUUAUUAACCUCCAGUGUGGAAUGCGAUAUGAGUUCUACAUUACGAACGCUAAUGGAAACGGAGAACAAAGUGAAAUCGUGGAAACUAGGACAAGCGGAAGAGCCCCCAUUGCCCCCGAGAAGGAAGAACUUCUCAUCGUCAAUGCUACUUCCGUCACAAUCCAAUUAAAUUCGUGGAAAUCGGGCGGCUGUCCAAUCACACACUUCGAAAUAAAGUACAAGCAGCAGAAAAAGAAAACGUGGGUCAUUUUUGCCGACAGGGUGUCAUCGAAUAAGAAGAGCAUCACAAUUACUGGACUCACACCGAACACAUUUUAUCAAUUACAGCUGACAUCUCACAAUGAAGCCGGACCUAAUACUGAAGCUGAGUAUAUCUUCACUACAGGAGCUAAUUUGAAAGGUGCCUUACCAGACGCAGUAUUAGUGAGUGGAGAAGCAGUGCCUUUCUAUUUAGAACUGGAAGUAGUUCUUCCUGUUUCGUUGUCUUUGGUGGUUGUGGUUGCAGUACUCGUACUUGUGUGCCUCAUAGUGAGGAAGCGAAACCCAACAGAAACUUCACAAACAGCAAGUACAACUUAUGUAUCCAGAAAGUCACAGGCAGGAGAGUCGGUUCACCUUUGUGAGAUGGAAAAGUCAAACUAUCAAAGACCCCCUAGUCGUGCAGACCCUCUCUACUAUCCUACUCCAUAUGCAACAACACACAUUGCGGAUGGACCUUGCAGGAAAUCCUUGGAAGCAGCAGAAAGAGAGCUUCAAGAAGAACCACAAUAUGCUACAGUGAAACGUACACCAAGGCCUCCAAAAUCUGACAUGCACAUAUACCAUUAUCCAGUACACAUUCCUCCAGAACUAUUAGACGAACUUCAAGUGGCUUCCUCCCAAUGGGAUGAUGGAGGAAGAUCAUCUAUGAUGGACGGAGGUGGAUAUAUAGGUAGAAGAAGUUCUAGGGGCCAUACAUAAUCUUCUUCCAAAACAAUUAUCGGCAGAAGUCAAAGAAACAUCGUUAAAGCAAGUGUUCGAAGAAGUAAUGAACACUUGAGCUGGACCAUAAGGUAUGAUGAUGAUUGAUUAACAAGUAAAGGAUAAAGAAAAAAAGGUUUAGCAAGUAUUUCGCUGGACGGAAUUAUGAUAGGACUGAUGUGGUCGAAGCAAUUUGAAAAUUGCUUUGUAGUAAUAAAAUGCUGUUUUCAGUAUAAAUGUACUUCCAUUUAAAAUUUGAGCUGGAGUAUAAACUCUCGAAGAGGAGUGAUAAAAAUAUUGUGAUAUUAAUAAUUUUUAUGACUAAUGAAUGUUAAAAGAAACUCUGGAGCAAAUAUGAGUACAAUUAGUUUCUUUGUAUGUUGUUUGUUAUAUGUUGUGAAGGAAUAUUGAAGCAAGGACAGAGGAACUUGCUAUAUAUGUUACAGGGCUUGUCAAAAAUAUCUUACUUAGUUCGACGAGAAGUAAAACAUAAAUAUAAUCUUACAAUAUUUAAAUUCUGUUUACUUGAUUGGUUCGCAAAAUAAUUGAACAUCUCUGCAAGAUGGAAAAUAACCAAAAGUAAAUAUUUCAUCUAUAAACUUUUGAAGAAGAAAAAAAUUAAAAUUUAGACAA